AUGGUCUAUAGUAUCAUUUCAAAUAAUAUCAAACUGUUAGAAAAAACAGGUAUUCUUUUACUAAAUAAUGAAAUUGAUGAAAUUUCUAAUGAUUAUGAUUCAGUAAUUUCUGAUAGUUUUGAUAUAGAAAUUAAUGAGCUUGCUAUGUUAAUUUCCCAGCUUCUAAGAAGUGAUCUCGAUGCACAUAAAUAUCUUUAUUUAGAGGAUAAAAUGCCAGAGGGUGGACUUACGGAUCAAAAAGUUAGUUUGACAAAAGCAGAAAAUGCUGCAGAUAAAAUGAUAAGAUUUUUAUAUGAGCAAGAACCAGAGUUUAGUGAAGUAAACAAAGAAUUGAAAGUUUUAAAGAGAUUGUAUAAGCGAGUUAAG